GCUAUUUAUGAAGACCCAAAGACGCUCCAGUAUAACAGUAAGCUUUAACUACCUUCCUGUGCAUGGGACUGAGUAUUUACCACACAACGCGCACAGUUUGGACAUCUCCUAGACCUUUCUUGGAUAAAUAAAUAUGGCUUCAAGUGGCAGUGAGUGCUCGGGAAAGGCCGUCCAGUACCGUGUGGACCAUCUGCUGAGCGCCGUGGAGAACGAGCUGCAGGCCGGGAGCGAGAAAGGAGACCCGACCGAGAGGGAGCUGAAAGUGAGCCUGGAUGAGGUGGAGCUGUGGCAGAAGUUCCGAGAGCUCACCAAUGAGAUGAUAGUAACCAAGAACGGCAGGCGCAUGUUCCCCGUGCUGAAAGUGAAUGUGUCCGGUCUGGACCCCAGUGCCAUGUACUCGUUCCUGCUGGACUUCUCGGCGGCGGACUCGCACCGCUGGAAGUACGUGAACGGGGAGUGGGUGGCGGGGGGCAGACCCGAGCCGCGCGCCUCCAGCUGCGUGUACAUGCACCCCGACUCCCCAAACUUCGGAGCGCACUGGAUGAAAGCUCCAGUCUCCUUCAGCAGAGUCAAACUCACCAACAAACUCAACGGGGGAGGACAGAUCAUGCUGAACUCUUUACACAAGUACGAACCGCGCAUCCAUAUCGUACGUGUCGGAGGGCCACACAGAAUGAUCACCAGCCAUUCCUUCCCUGAAACUCAGUUCAUAGCAGUCACUGCAUACCAGAAUGAGGAGAUCACUGCACUCAAAAUCAAAUACAACCCCUUCGCCAAAGCUUUCCUAGAUGCCAAAGAAAGAAAUGAUCAUAAGGAAAUAAUAGAUGAAGUCAGCGAGAACCAACAGUCUGGCUAUACGCAAUUGAGCGGCUGGUUUCUGCCAGGAAGCGGAUCCCUCUGUCCUCCUGCGAACUCUCACCCUCAGUUUGGUGGCGCUCUGCCUCUGCCAUCCUCUCACGGUUGUGAACGUUACUCCACAUUGAGGAGUCACCGCUCCUCACCUUACCCCAGCCCCUACCCUCACCGAACAACCUCCCCCACUGGUUACUCGGAAAACCCUUCAGCUUGUUUGUCCAUGCUGCCCGCCCAUGAGAACUGGUCCAGUCAACAGAUGUCCUCUCACUCCAGCAUGGUCCCUAUGGGCCAACACUCUCCCCCCAACUCCAACUCCAGUCAGUACACCAGUUUAUGGACUGUAGGAAACGCUCCGCUGACUCCAGUGUCUCAGACAGGUGGAAUGGCAAGCAGCUUGGGCUCCCAGUACCUCCGUGGUUCUGCCAGUCAUUAUGCCAGCCUGUCUCACCCAGCCUCGGUGCCCAAUCCUGGAUCUCCGCUCUAUGACAGCACACCUGCCACUGAGGUGCACAACUCAUCUCCAUACGACAGCGCCACCCACGUGCGGCUGGCCACGGCCUGGACACCCAUCACACCUCCUUCCUUAUAGACAGCAGAGCACUGUGCACUGAUUUUCCAGUGAUAAUGUCGGUUUCUGAACUAGCACUCGAUCUAUGCAACAGCACAAAGAAAUGAAGCCUGGAUUCUUAUGUUCAAGUGCAUCGAAUUGAGCAAGUUCAUUAUGCAGCGGGAAGGUCGGGUGAUUAUAGGCCUUGUCUGGAGUGUAAAUAUUACUGCUGCUUCUGUCAGUGCCUUUAGAUUUGUUUAAAUAAUAAUUUGUGCAACAUUUUAAAAUAUUACAUGUGGGAUUAUUUAUAGUUUUCUAACAGCAUGGCGAAUGUGUUCUGUACAGACAAUCAUUUGUACAAAGUGUAAAUUGAUUUAUUUUCACCUCAGGAUUUUGUUUUCAGCAUAAAUCAUUCUUAUAAUAUUUUUUAUUUGUUGAAUCGACUCAGCUUGAGCUGCACAAUUGCUACAGAGCUACUGAAUCUUAAUUAAAAAAUAAAAUUAUUAACUGAUUGAGA